CGUAUUUUAUAGCAGCCAAUCCAAACAUAAAGCGCAAUUUGUGUCCUAAUUAAGCAUCCAAGAUGCACCAGGCGUACAAUGUGCACUCCAUAUUGAAGCAGGGCGUGCAAAUAGAGUCGAUAGCCGCAUAUGGCAACCAUGUCAUCUUGGGCACGCGGAGCGGACAGCUCAUCAUGUACUCCGUGGACGAGCGCGGCGUGGACAUGCGCAUGUUCAACAAGAACUUCAGCCGCAAGCCCAUCACGCAGAUGGAGGUGAUUGCCGCGGAGAACCUACUCUUUGUCCUCACCGACAACUUGGUACAGGUGUGCGACAUCGGGCGGCUGGAGAGCAACUUUGCAUUUCUGCACAGCUCGGCGGACACCAAGGGCUGCACCUUGUUCACCAUGGACGUGGACUCGCAAAAGUCUACCACGGGCGAGGUGGCUACCUUCAUACGAGUUUGCUGCGCCAUCAAGCGUCGUUUGGUGUUCUUCUUCUGGAAGAAAGACAAGCUGGACUCGCUCCAGCUGAGCAUCGAGCUGAGUGACGUGCCCAAGACCCUCUGCUGGGUGGGCCAUGCCGUCUGUGUGGGCUACAAGGAUGAAUAUGUUGUCUACGAUAUAUCCUGCAAUACGCCCAAGAAACACAACCUUUUCCUCACCUCCUCCUCCGUCAGCAGGGAUCCCUGCAUCUGUCUCAUACGCAAUAACAUGCUGGGAAUAUCCAAGGACAAGUAUUUGGUGAUUGUGGAUCCCGGCCAGUACAAGUCGAAGGACAAUGAUGGCGGCGCCACCUCCGUGGACGAGGUGCAUCCUGGGGGCAUGGAGAGCCAGAACUCCCUGCCACCGCUGCUCUGGUCAAGUCCCCUGCUGAAUUUGGUCUGGGACGAUCCCUUUGUCGUGGGACGUGUAAACAAUGCCAUCGAAGUGAGGAGCUUGGUGGGCAAGGAUACGCUGGUCCAGAGCAUUCCAGAGCUGGAGAAGACCAGGUUCUUGGUGCACGCCGACAAGGGAACCAUCUUUGCGGCCGCCACCUCGGAGCUGUGGUGCAUCCGGCAGGUGGAGAUCCCGAUCCAGCGGCAGCAGCUGCUGCAACUGAAGAAAUUUCAACUGGCCAUCGAGGUGACGCAAAUCUCCGACGAACCUGCAGAGGACAAGGCCCAGACCAUACGCCAAAUACACAUGCUCUACGCCAAGGAGCUCUUCACCAACAAGGAGUACUCAGCGGCCAUGAAAGAGUUCGAGAGAGCGGCCAUCGAUCCAUACGAUGUGAUCCGACUGUUUCCGAAUCUGGUGCCAGAGCCCAAGCCGGGCACCGAGGACACCACUGUGCCUGUGUCCACUGCCCCCCAGCUGGACGAUGACGACCUGGAAAACGCCUACCUGGCGCUGAUUGAGUUCCUGGCGCUGGCCCGGCAGCGGGAGGUGGUCAAGCUGCGCGACACCAAGAGCAGCUCCAAGUCGCUGCUCGAGAUCAUAGACACCACGCUGCUCAAGUGCUACCUGCAGACGAAUGAUUCCCUGGUGGCCCCGCUGCUGCGUCUCAACCAGUGCCACUUGGAGGAGUCGGAGAAGACUCUGAAGAAGCACAACAAGAUCUCAGAGCUCAUCAUACUGUACCAGAUGAAGGGUAAGCACAAGGAGGCUCUGAAGCUGCUCCAGGAGCAGGCGGGCAUCGAGGGAUCCGUGCUGCAGGGCCGCAAGCGAACCAUCCGCUAUCUGCAAGAGCUGGGAACGGAUCAUCUGCCGCUGAUCUUUGAGUUUGCCGACUGGGUGAUCAUGGAACACCCUGAGGAGGGCCUGUCCAUCUUCACCGAUGAACUUAUCGAGGUGGAGUCCUUGCCGCGCGCCAAGGUCCUGGACUUUCUCAUAACCAAGCACAAGUCCUUGAUCAUUCCGUAUCUGGAGCACGUGAUCUCCGAGUGGUCAGAUACGAACACCCUGCGCCACAAUGUCCUCAUCAAGCAGUACCGCGAACAGGUGCAGCGUCUCCUGCUCCAGCAACAAAAGGGCGAGGAAGUGCCUGAACUCAAGCCGCUGCGGGCCAAGCUCUACAAGAUGCUGGAGGAGUCCAAUGUCUAUUCGCCGGAUCGUGUGCUGGAAGAGUUUCCCACCAAUAUGCUGCUGGAGGAGCGUGCCCUCAUCCUGGGCCGUCUCAAGAAGCACGAAAAGGUCCUCGCCAUCUACAUCCAAGUGCUGGGGGAUGUGGCCAAGGCCAGGGCCUAUGCAGAGGCCAACUACGAGACCGACACAACCAUAUUCCAAACACUGGUCAAGACCAUAAUGGUGCCUCCCACAGAGCCGAUCUAUGAGGGUGUGGCCCUGCAUCCGGAUUUCAGUCCCGAAGUCAAUCGGGAGGUGCUUCUGGAGCUGCUCAACACCUACGCCGUCAAAAUCGAUCCCAUUGAAAUCUUUGAGUUCCUUCCCGAUGACAUGCCCAUGUCCCAGCUGGAAAAGUACAUGGAGAAGGCCGUGCGCCAAAAGCUGUCGGAUAAACACCAUAUGCAAAUAAUGUGCGGCCUGCUGGAGGCAGAGUCCAAUCGGCUGGAGGCCGCGCUGCAGGCGCAGCGAGCCAUCAGCUUCGAGCUGAACGAGAAUAGCGUGUGUCCCGAGUGCAAGAAGCGAUUUCCCAGCCAAUCCGCCUUUGUGCGCUAUCCCAACGGCCAGAUUGUGCAUCUCUCCUGCCACGAUCGCAUUGCGCGGGCAGCCGCCCAGCAAUAAUAUAUAUAUAUGUACUAUUUUGUGAUAUACC